UUUCAUUCAGUAACAAUACCACAGUGAGUUGUAUUAAUUAACAAUUAAAAAUGUUCGUGUUUUUCACUUUACUGCAGUUGGCCUUCACCACAGCAUUUGCAGCUGUACUAUUCGAGGAUUGUGGAUCGAUGUACGAGCUGAGAGCGGUGUACAUAAGCGGUUGUGAUCGUCGGAUCCCAUGUUAUGUGACACUAGGACAAAACGUAUCAGUCACCCUGAGUUUUCAAGCCGAAUUGUUAUUCCGGAACAUGGACCAACAUGUAUGGAUGCACCUAAAUCAAGUUUCCUCACAAGCUGCAGUUACUCCUGAAACCUGCCAGCUGACGUACAAUUGUCCAGUGGGUACUACGACGGACGCAUUGACUUCAUUCACAAGUGUGAUGUCGGUGCCUAGAAACAUUCCAUCGAACCAGCGAGGUUACUUGCGUUGGCGCAUAGAAAACGAAGAAGGUAAACAAGUGCUGUGUUAUUACGUGACAGUGCAAACUCAAACUCUGGAAGAGCAAUUAAUGCGACAGCUCUUCAAUUCCUAUCAGUACGACACAGAGGGCGAACCAUCUUCUGACAACGAAAAAUCAAUUAUUCCGUGAUUAAUAUUAUAUGAUGCACUCGACACUGGCUGUAACGUCUACCAAUAAAUUGUUUGGUAUACAAAUCCAC